UUCCGCGUGUGAAGGGUCUUCGUGUCCAAAUCAAAAUGGCAGCGCCCAUGGAUGAAGACGACGUUGACAUUAUCGACGAUGAGCAUUUAAAUGCUAUGCUUGUAUUCCCUCCAGAUGUACAACAAGCGAUCGAACAAGUGCUUCCUUCCAAUGAUCCACUCGACAGACCAGACUUCAAUGCUGUUGAGUAUAUCAACAACCUGUUUCCAACUGAGCAAUCCCUAGCGAACAUUGAUGAUGUCAUCAACAGGAUGAGGCUAAAGAUCCAUCGUCUUGAUGACAACAUCCGCGGUGUGGUUCGGGGACAGACAAAUGCUGGUCAAGAUGGACGACAGGCGCUAUCUGAGGCACAGAAGGCCAUCCAGGAACUGUUCAAGAGAAUCAAAGACAUCAAGGAGAAGGCUGAAAAGUCAGAACAGAUGGUCAAGGAGAUCACACGAGACAUCAAACAGCUGGAUCACGCUAAGAGACACCUGACGUCGUCAAUCACCACCCUGAACCACCUGCAUAUGCUGGUGGGUGGCGUGGACUCACUGGAAUCCCUGACAAGACGUAGACAGUACGGCGAAGUAGCUAACCUCUUACAAGGUGUCAUCAAUGUCAUGGAACACUUCCAGAAAUACAUGAGUAUUCCACAAAUAAGACAACUCGCUGACAAAGUGAAGAAAAUCCAGUCAGAAUUAGGCACUCAGAUCCUUGCUGAUUUUGAGGAUGCAUUCACAACACAAGGAGGCAAGUUACUAAGCAACCAGUCACAACUUGCUGAAGCCUGCUUAGUCGUCAAUGUGCUGGAUCCCAAAGUCAAGAGAGACCUACUCAAGUUCUUCGUCAAGCUGCAACUCCAGGAGUACGUGGUGCUCUUCGGCGAGAACCAAGACGUGGCCUGGCUAGACAAGAUCGACCGACGCUACGCCUGGCUCAAGAGGGCACUGGUCGAAUGCGAGGAGAAGUUUGGCCGCAUGUUCCCACGCGACUGGGACAUUGAAGAACGGAUAUGUGUGGAGUUCUGCAAUAUCACAAGGUCUGAACUGAGUAAGAUCAUGCAGAACCGCUCCUCAGAAAUCGACGUCAAACUCCUACUCUUUGCCAUCAAGCGAACCACGACCUUUGAAACCUUGGUUGCCAAGAGGUACAGGGGGGCCACCCUCAGACCCCCCGGCGGGGAGGAGGGGCCAUCCCCCUACCCUCCUGCCAAGAUUGACUCCCCUGAGAUGCCUACUAACCCCUUUGAGACUGAUGAGAGCACAGAGCAACCAGUCGAAAUAAAGACCGUUCUGAAACCCAAGCCGUCGCCAUUCCAAGGAAUUAUCAGCAAGUGCUUUGAGCCACAUCUUCACAUUUACAUCGAAUCUCAAGACAGAUAUCUCUCCGAGCUAAUCCAGCAGUUCGUGGCUGAUUUCCACUCCCACGGCCCUCCUCGUAUGGAAUCAGACGAGAGCGGCGCGAUCCUCCCAAGCAGCGCCGAUCUCUUCGUCGCUUACAAGAACUGUAUGGUGCAGUGCUCCAACCUGAGCACCGGUACCCCGCUACUGUCCCUGACUGCUACAUUCCAGAAGUACCUGAGGGAGUAUGCGAACCGGUUGCUGACCAACAACUUGCCAAACCUUUACGCCCGUCACAGGUCUCAAUCGGUACAGGGCAGUAGUACCUCCGGAGCCAUGGGGAUCAACAUCUCGGCGUUGCUGAAGGAAGGAUUGAAGGAUAGUACACCAGAGAUCACAAAGUUUACUAAGGAAGAACAGUACUUGGUCUGCAGUAUCCUGUGCACGGCAGAGUAUUGUCUGGACACAACUUCACAGUUAGAGGAAAAGCUGAAACAAAAGGUGGACCCGACGCUAUUGGACAAGAUCAAGCUGAAUAGUGAAAUGGACGUCUUUCAUGGUGUGAUUGCUAACUGCAUCCAACUAUUAGUGCAAGAUUUAGAGUCAGCAUGCGACCCAGCCCUCACUGCUAUGAACAAAGUGAACUGGGCAGCGAUAGAGACGGUAGGGGAUCAGAGUAGCUACGUCACUGCCAUCACCACUCACAUCAAGCAGACCUUACCGACGAUCAGGGACAACCUAGCAUCGGCCAGGAAAUACUUCACACAAUUCUGCAUCAAGUUUGCCAACUCAUUCAUUCCGCGCUUCGUCAGUCACAUGUGCAAGUGUAAGCCAAUCAGCACGGUCGGUGCAGAGCAGCUUCUGCUAGACACACACUCCUUGAAGACAGUGCUCCUAGACCUGCCGUCCAUCGGUUCUAAAGUCUCUAGGAAGGCUCCUGCUAGCUACACAAAGAUCGUCGUGAAGGGAAUGACCAAGGCAGAAAUGAUACUCAAGGUGGUUAUGUCUCCAGCGGACCCGCCACAAUCCUUCGUAGACAAUUACAUCAAACUCAUUGCUGACAGGGACACGGCAAACUUCCAGAAAGUUCUGGACAUGAAGAGUUUAAAGCGGAGCGAUCAGAACACCAUGCUGGAGUUAUUCAGAACCAGAGUACCAAGAGCCGAGGGGCAAACCAGCUCACCGUCAGCCCACCAAGAACAGGAGGGGAGCAGGAUACGAAGACUGGAGAAACUGAUCAAGAGAAGAUAAUACAGGGACACAUACGGUGAUACACACACAAGGGGACAGUGUCAGACAGACCUAGGGGAAUCAGUAACCCAAGGGAUAUGAAGAUUAGAAACACUUAUCAAGAGAAGAUAAUACAGGGACACAUACAGUGAUACACACACAGGGGGACAGUGUCAGACAGAUCUCCGGGAAUUGGUAACCCAAGGGAUAUGAAGAUCAGAAAACUGAUCAAGAGAAGAUAGAACAGUGACAGUAGAACAUAACCACCCUUCUCCGUUGGAACCCCUCAGUCUCCUGACAAUGGGCAGAGCAUGCUGUCCAAAAUGUUGAGUUUCCCCGAUUUCCUACAGAAUCUCACAAACUCACAAAAGAGAUGUUUUACAUGGUACAACUAUAAAUGUAAUCUUAUAGUUAUCUUUACCAUGCAAACAUUCAAUCCUUAUGACUGCAAAAAUUUAUCGAGGGAAGUUAGAACUGUGAUAGAUAUGCUGACGGACACACAGAGGGACAGUGUGAGAGAAAGAUUGGGAAAGCCACGGAAGGGUUCUGUAGCGAUAUCACCACCAGCCUGAUAAGAUCUUGGCUACAACUCAUCAUGCUGGUUAGCAGCCAAUUGUUCCAGCAAAUAUAGGUUCGUACAUUGGUUUUUACAGAAAGUUUAAUUGCAAGCCAGUCACAGCAAUUUGACACUUUUUGGUGACAUACUUUUGCUAACAAAUUCUGCAAGUUCUAGGAAACUCUUCCCACAAAAACAGGAACGAUCCUGUAGGAUAAAUGUAUUCGUAGAAAGUAAUAAUGUCAAAUAGAAUCCUUUG